CGGAGGAAGGGGAGGAGGCCGGGUGUUUCCUGGUGCAUUCCCGACCCGCCCCAGUGACUCACUGGGGGUAGGAGAGCUCCCCGGGCCCGCCCUGGACGAGCGAAGGCGGCGCAGACCAGUAUGGCUGCCCAAGUGACGCUAGAAGAUGCGCUGUCCAACGUGGACCUCCUGGAGGAGCUGCCGCUGCCUGACCAGCAGCCCUGCAUUGAGCCUCCACCUUCCUCCCUGCUCUAUCAGCCCAACUUCAACACCAACUUUGAAGACAGAAAUGCAUUUGUCACGGGCAUUGCAAGAUACAUUGAACAGGCGACUGUCCACUCUAGCAUGAACGAGAUGCUGGAGGAAGGCCAGGAGUAUGCUGUCAUGCUGUACACCUGGAGGAGCUGCUCUCGCGCCAUCCCUCAGGUGAAGUGCAACGAGCAGCCUAAUAGAGUUGAGAUUUAUGAGAAGACGGUGGAAGUCCUUGAACCAGAGGUCACAAAACUGAUGAAUUUUAUGUACUUCCAGAGAAAUGCCAUCGAGCGUUUCUGUGGGGAAGUGAGACGCCUGUGUCAUGCAGAGAGGAGGAAGGACUUUGUGUCUGAAGCCUACUUGAUCACGUUGGGCAAAUUCAUCAACAUGUUUGCCGUGCUGGACGAGCUGAAGAACAUGAAGUGUAGCGUGAAGAAUGACCACUCAGCAUAUAAGAGGGCUGCUCAGUUUUUACGGAAAAUGGCGGAUCCGCAGUCCAUUCAGGAGUCCCAGAAUUUGUCCAUGUUCCUGGCCAACCACAACAAGAUCACCCAAUCUCUGCAGCAGCAGCUCGAGGUCAUUUCCGGCUAUGACGAGCUCCUGGCGGACAUCGUGAAUCUCUGUGUGGAUUACUACGAGAACAGGAUGUACCUGACGCCCAGUGAAAAGCACAUGCUUCUCAAAGUCAUGGGAUUUGGUCUGUACCUGAUGGAUGGGAGUGUCAGUAACAUCUACAAACUAGAUGCCAAGAAAAGAAUCAACUUAUCCAAAAUAGACAAGUACUUCAAGCAGCUGCAGGUGGUUCCCCUGUUUGGAGAUAUGCAGAUAGAGCUGGCGAGAUACAUCAAGACCAGUGCGCACUAUGAGGAGAAUAAGUCCCGGUGGACCUGCACAUCCUCAAGCAGCAGCCCGCAGUACAAUAUCUGUGAACAGAUGAUCCAGAUCCGGGAGGACCACAUGCGCUUCAUCUCUGAGCUGGCACGCUACAGCAACAGCGAGGUGGUCACCGGGUCUGGCCGGCAGGAGGCCCAGAAGACGGAUGCUGAGUACCGGAAGCUCUUCGACCUGGCUCUGCAGGGCCUGCAGCUUCUGUCGCAGUGGAGCGCACACGUCAUGGAAGUGUACUCCUGGAAGCUGGUCCACCCCACUGACAAGUACUCCAACAAGGACUGCCCGGACAAUGCUGAGGAGUAUGAGCGCGCCACACGCUAUAACUACACCACUGAGGAGAAGUUUGCCCUGGUGGAGGUGAUUGCCAUGAUCAAAGGCCUGCAGGUGCUGAUGGGCAGGAUGGAGAGCGUAUUCAAUCACGCCAUCAGGCACACUGUCUACGCUGCACUGCAAGACUUUUCCCAGGUGACCCUCAGAGAGCCGCUGAGACAGGCCAUCAAGAAGAAGAAGAACGUCAUCCAGAGUGUUCUGCAGGCCAUCAGGAAGACUGUGUGUGACUGGGAGACUGGGCACGAACCCUUCAACGACCCAGCUCUCCGGGGCGAGAAGGACCCCAAGAGUGGCUUUGACAUCAAGGUGCCACGGCGUGCUGUGGGGCCCUCCAGUACACAGCUCUUCCUGGUGCGCACUAUGGCCGAGUCCUUGAGCUCUGCCGAGCUGCAGAGGCAGCUCAAGUCUCUGGGCAUGGAAAGGCUCUUGCAUGUGGUAAACGCGUUUCUGAGGCAGUCGUACACCUAUCCACCUCUCUUAACCUUUGGUGGUAAGACAUCCUUCGUUUUUCUUGUUGAUGCUUAUGGCACGGAGGUGAGCUGCUCCUCUACACAGAGUUCGUCCCAGGAAGCGGCAUCUUGGCCUCGGAGUCCCAGGCCCUCCGGACAGCCUCUCUCUGGCAGGCUGGUUGCGGGCAUGGGAUUCAGCCAAGGUGUAGUGGAGCAGGUCUUCUUCUAGAUUUUCCCAUUUGUUGUGACUAAUGCACCGUUUAUAUUUCUUCCCCUACAAAUACCUCCUUGGAUAACACAGCUUUACAUGGUGAGAACCAUGCUAGAGUCCCUCAUUGCAGACAAAAGUGGUGCCAAGAAAACCCUGAGAAGUAGCCUUGAGGGGCCCACCAUAUUGGACAUAGAAAAGUUCCAUCGAGAGUCCUUCUUCUACACACACUUGAUAAAUUUCAGUGAAACACUGCAGCAGUGCUGUGACCUUUCCCAGCUCUGGUUCCGAGAGUUCUUCCUGGAGCUGACCAUGGGCAGGAGGAUCCAGUUCCCCAUUGAGAUGUCCAUGCCCUGGAUUCUGACUGACCACAUUCUCGAGACCAAGGAGGCGUCCAUGAUGGAGUAUGUCCUCUACUCCCUGGACCUGUACAAUGACAGCGCCCACUACGCGCUCACCAAGUUCAACAAGCAGUUUCUCUAUGACGAAAUCGAGGCGGAGGUGAAUCUGUGUUUUGACCAAUUUGUUUACAAACUGGCAGACCAGAUAUUUGCGUAUUACAAAGUUAUGGCAGGAAGUUUGCUUCUGGACAAACGGUUACGAUCAGAAUGCAAGAACCAGGGCGCCACGAUCCACCUGCCGCCGUCCAACCGCUACGAGACGCUGUUGAAGCAGAGACACGUGCAGCUACUCGGAAGAUCCAUUGAUCUCAAUCGUCUGAUUACGCAGCGUGUCUCAGCGGCCAUGUAUAAAUCUCUAGAACUGGCAAUUGGGCGGUUUGAAAGUGAAGAUUUGACAUCAGUGGUCGAGCUGGAUGGCCUCUUAGAAAUCAACCGCAUGACACACAAGCUGAUGAGCAAGUACCUCACACUGGACAGCUUUGACGCCAUGUUCCGGGAAGCCAACCACAAUGUGUCUGCGCCUUAUGGAAGGAUUACCCUCCAUGUCUUCUGGGAGCUGAACUAUGACUUCUUGCCCAACUACUGCUAUAAUGGCUCCACCAACCGAUUUGUUCGGACAGUAUUGCCAUUUUCUCAGGAAUUUCAGCGAGACAAACAGCCCAAUGCACAGCCCCAGUAUCUGCAUGGAUCCAAGGCUCUGAACCUCGCCUACUCCAGCAUUUACGGCAGCUACCGGAACUUUGUGGGGCCUCCUCACUUCCAGGUCAUCUGCCGGCUGCUCGGCUACCAGGGCAUCGCGGUGGUCAUGGAAGAGCUGCUGAAGGUUGUCAAGAGCCUGCUGCAAGGCACGAUCCUGCAGUACGUGAAAACCCUGAUGGAGGUGAUGCCCAAGAUCUGCCGCCUUCCCCGCCAUGAGUAUGGCUCUCCUGGCAUCCUGGAGUUCUUCCACCACCAGCUGAAGGACAUUGUGGAGUAUGCAGAGCUGAAGACAGUGUGCUUCCAGAACCUGCGGGAGGUGGGCAAUGCUGUCCUCUUCUGCCUGCUCAUCGAGCAAAGCCUGUCUUUAGAAGAAGUGUGUGACCUGUUGCAUGCAGCCCCGUUCCAGAAUAUCUUGCCUCGAGUCCACGUGAAAGAGGGGGAGAGAGUUGACGCCAAAAUGAAAAGGCUAGAAUCCAAGUAUGCGCCGCUGCACCUUGUCCCGCUGAUAGAAAGGCUGGGAACCCCACAGCAAAUUGCUAUCGCAAGAGAAGGGGACUUACUGACCAAGGAGCGACUUUGCUGUGGUCUAUCCAUGUUUGAGGUCAUCCUGACACGGAUCCGGACCUUUCUGGAUGAUCCCAUCUGGCGUGGGCCUCUGCCCAGCAAUGGGGUCAUGCAUGUGGAUGAGUGUGUGGAGUUUCACAGACUGUGGAGUGCCAUGCAGUUUGUGUACUGCAUUCCCGUGGGGACACACGAGUUCACAGUGGAGCAGUGUUUUGGAGAUGGGCUCCACUGGGCUGGCUGCAUGAUCAUUGUACUGCUUGGACAGCAGCGCCGCUUUGCAGUGUUGGAUUUCUGCUACCAUCUUCUCAAAGUCCAGAAACAUGACGGCAAAGAUGAGAUUAUCAAAAAUGUGCCACUGAAGAAGAUGGUGGAGAGGAUCCGUAAGUUCCAGAUUCUCAACGAUGAGAUCAUCACUAUCCUGGACAAGUACUUGAAGUCUGGUGAUGGGGAGAGCACGCCUGUGGAACAUGUCCGCUGCUUCCAGCCGCCCAUCCACCAGUCCCUAGCUAGCAGCUAAGGGCUAAGUUCACACCAUCCUGUAACUGACGGCAUGUUUGUCCUUAUGUUAAUUAUAUUGACAUUUUUAGGGGCUAUUUUGAACCUACUUGAGGGGGUGCUUUUUGAUCUGAAAGCUUAACUUUAUAAAACUUAUUUUUCUAAACUAAAAAAUUGUAUAUGCCUUUGGAAUUGGGAGGUAUGAGAAUACUGGUUGCCAGUUGUUGCCAUUGCUAUGAUGGUCUUAACAGGUAUUUUUAUGUUGAAUGUUCUAGUAGCUAGUUAUAAAAAUACUGAAUUAGCCUGUAAGAAGCAUAACGCCAACUAAUUGUAUUUAAAAAAUUCCCUACCAAUUUCUAUUAAACUUAAUGAGUAGCUGCUUUGUUUAGGGAUUUUUCUGAUGGUCUUUUAGGAAAUCUUUUCUAAGUCAUUGCUCCCUUUUAUGCCAAAACAGUGAAAUUGUUUCCUCUGCUUCCACCAAAUCCAGUAAUGUCAGUCUGAUUUGUAAGAUAUGACUUACAGAUUAGAGAAAUAAAAGUUAUGGUAAUCUG